AGAGAGAGAGCCUACCAACAUGCUUCACACAGAGCGAGCAGGAUGAUUUUCUAUCAAGAAUAUGGAUUUAUUGCGAUCUACUAGGUUUCAUUCACUUGCUUUCGCCUUGGUCAUCUAUGGUGCACUAACCAUAGGGAUAGAUGGUGCAUCCCCUCUGAAAGCGAAGUCGGCGGCCCCGUUUACGGACCAGUGUUUCCCCAACCCCUGCUACAACCGGGCCAUCUGCCGUAGCCGUGGUGACGGUUACUCUUGUUUCUGCGUGCCGGGGUUCCAGGGUGAGCGCUGCCAGAUCGAGGUGAACGAGUGUGUGUCGCAGCCCUGCAGGAACAGAGCCACCUGCGUAGACAGGGUGGGCAGGUACGCCUGCCUCUGCAGCCUGGGGUUCACAGGUGCCACCUGUGAGGUCCAGAUUAACGAGUGUCAAUCACAGCCCUGCCUCAACGGCGGGAGUUGUCAUGACUACGUCAAUGGCUUCUCAUGCACCUGCAUGCCCGGUUUCCAGGGCGACCGCUGUGAAAUCGACGUUGACGAGUGCCAUCACCAGCCAUGCCAAAACGGGGCCCUGUGUAUUGAUAGGUUGAAUGGGUACAGCUGCGACUGCUCUCAGACCACCUUCACUGGGCGACACUGUGAAACUGCUGCUCCUCCAUGCACGUCCCAGCCAUGCCUCAACGGCGCCAUCUGUGUGGAGGACGAGGGGAACUACACCUGUGACUGCUGGCCAGGGUUCAAGGGUCGUCAGUGUGAGGUGGAUGUGAGUGAGUGCAGCAGCAACCCCUGUCUGUACAGGGGACACUGUAUAGAGCUGUCCUGGCAGAGCCUGUAUGGUUCAGAGCCUCUGCUUCCAGACCACUACGACCCACAGCAAGCUGCAGGCUUCAUAUGCAGCUGCCCACCAGGAACCACAGGUACUCUUUGUGAGGAGGUAGUGGACACGUGUGACCCCAGCCCUUGUGAGAACGGGGGUCAGUGUGAGAGCCUUGUGGGGGGCUAUGUGUGCCACUGCUCUCCGCAGAACCAAGAUGAGUUCCUGUACGGGGGACAGAACUGCAGCGAGGCUAUGGUGGGCUGUGAGGGCCACGAGUGUCAGAACCAGGGCUCGUGUUCUCCCUUCCUGAGCGACGGCCAUCAUGGCUACUCCUGCCUCUGCCCCCCGGGCCUCACCGGGCCUCUCUGCCAGACCCCCACAGCCUUCUCCUUCGAGCAGAAAGGCUAUUUGCUGUUGCAGAGCCCACUGCUGGCCGCGGAGGCCUCAUGCAACAUCACCCUGAGCUUCCGGACAGUGCUGCCCAGGGCCGUGCUCUUCCAGCGGAGCAGUGGAGGGCUGGUCCUGGGUCUGGAGCUACUGGGGGGCCAGCUGAUACUCAGCCUGAGGAGGGAGGCCUUGGCUGGGGGUGGGGAAGAGGGAGAGGCCCUGCAGCUUAGGCAGACCCUGGAGCUCCCUCUUAACGUGACUGAUGGGGAGUGGCACUCUGUGAAGGCCGUGCUGGAGGACGGUCUGCUCAGCCUCAGGCUCCUGGAUGGUGGGGUCUGUCAGGAGCAGGACUGUGAGAGCAAAGCCCAGGUCAAUGGCACCCAGGCUGGGGCGGAUCUUCCAGAGUCUCCCCUCCAGAACACUUUCAUUGGCGGGGUGGUGGAGGCAGGCGGCGCCCUGGUCCCAGUCCCGGCCUUCAUUGGCUGUCUGCGGGACGUGUUUGUGGACUCCCAGCUGGUGGUUCCGGAGGAGUGGCUGAGCGACUCGGCAGUGAACGUGACUGCAGGCUGCAGCCACAGGGACCGAUGCCAGGACAGCCCCUGUGAGAACAGAGGACAGUGCAUCAACCUGUGGCAGAGCUACCAGUGCCGGUGCCCCCGGCCAUACGAAGGUCACGACUGUGCUGAGGAGUACGUGACGGCCCGCUUCGGCAGUGAGGACUCUCAGAGCUAUGCCGUCUUCACCAUCACAGACGACCCAGGAAGUGACAUCACUGUCUCCCUCUUCCUGCGCACACGUCGCCACGCUGGCCUCUUAUUGGUGCUCGUCAACAGCACCAGCCAAUACCUGCGACUGUGGCUGGACAAGGGACGGGUCAAAGUUCAGCUCCAUAACUUUGAAACCGUGACCAGUGAGAGUGUGGUCAACGACGGAGACAUCCACUUUGUGAGCAUGGUGGUUGACCGUGAGCAUAUGGUCCUGUAUGUAGGCAACCAGAAGCAGGGCUCGGUGGAGGUCAGGACGGUGGACAGUCAAAUGGGAGAUGUCGUGUAUGUUGGGGGUCUGGCGGAGCAGAAGGCGUCAGCAGCGUUCGGGGGCUACUUUAAAGGCUGUAUACAGGACCUGAGGAUCAACGGAGAGAGACUGCAAUUCUUCAGGCUGGACACCCCGGUGACGUCAUAUCCUGUCGAACUCAUGGCUAACGUCACAGCGGGCUGCACUGGGGAUGACUCCUGUAGUAGGAACCUGUGUCAGAACGGAGGGAUGUGCUACUCCGUGUGGGACGACUUCACUUGCACCUGCCCCCCCAACACUGCAGGGCGGCGCUGUGAGGAGGUCAAGUGGUGUGAGCUGUCACCCUGCCCCGCACGGGCAGAGUGUCACAUCCUCAGCCAGGGAUACGAGUGCUUUUCCAACGCCACUUUCCUUGACGACAGCAGUGUGCUGUCUUACCGCGGUAACGGCCGUAUCCAACGCAGCCUGGCCAGCAUCUCCCUCAGCAUGCGCACCCGUAAACGCCACGCCGCCAUCUUGCACGCUGAGAGUGGGCCGGAGUUUGUGACGGUGUCUGUGCAGGAUGGCCUUCUCUUCCUUGAGCUCCAGAGCGGGGUGGGGGAGGGUUCCUCCACAGUGUCCCUCAGCAGUCGGAGGAGGGUCAGCGACGGGGAGUGGCACAGCGUCCACCUCUUCAUGGUCACCCCCUGGGCAGAGGCAUCCCGCUGGACCAUGGUGCUGGAUGAGGAGGCAGAGGAGGCAGGGACCUCCAGCAGCGAAGGGGGCAACCUGGACUUCCUCAGGGAGGAGGUGGACAUCCUGCUGGGGGGGCUGGGGCCCGAGGCUGGCUGGAGCCUAGUGGGGUGCCUGGGCACCGUGGAGGUGGGGGGCAUCGCCCUGCCUUACUAUAGCCCUUCAGAGGUCAACCUUCCCCGGACUCAGGAGGAGCAGUUCCUGCGGACAUCCCCCAGCCCACCCAGGGGCGGGUGCAGUGGAGGCCCGGUGUGCCAGCCCAGCCCAUGUGUGAACAGAGGCAGCUGCCAGGACCUCUGGAACCUGUUCAACUGUAGCUGUGACGAGGGCUGGGCCGGACGCCGUUGUGAGCUCAACACAGACACCUGCGCCUCCAACCCCUGUAUCCAUGGCAACUGUAGCGUUCGGGGGCUGGCAUACAAGUGUUCCUGUGAGUUUGGCUACACUGGUAUGAACUGUGAGGAGGAGGUGGAUGUGUGUGAGAACCAUCUAUGUGCUCAUGGAGGGACGUGUCUACAUGGAGUGAACAAGUACGCCUGUCUGUGUGCUGAGAACUACACCGGACCUUACUGCAAUGAUCGUGUUGAGGAAAUUCCAUGGUACAUAGUAGUCAACAGGAAUGUUCGGCCCAAGCUGCCAGUGUCUGUCUGUGGAGAUGAAACCAGAAACUACACCUGCUUCAACUCAGGGAACUGCACCGAGAGAGAGCUGUCCUGUGACUGUCUACCCGGCUUCACAGGGCACCGCUGUGAGCAGGAGGUGGAUGAGUGCAAGUCCAACCCCUGUCUGAAUGGGGGCUACUGCCGAAACCUCAUCAACAAGUACCACUGUGUGUGUGACAUGAGUUUCGCCGGGGACAAUUGCCAGAUCGACUUGACCUCUGAAGGGCUGACCACUGACCUAUUGCUGUCGGUCAGUCUGGUGUCAGUGGUGCUGCUACUGGCCCUGGUCAGUACCUCUGUGGGUCUGGUGGUGGCUCUGAACCGUAGGGCCACCCAUGGCACCUACAGCCCCAGCCGACAGGAGAAGGAGGGAUCCCGCGUAGAAAUGUGGAACAUAGCCCAGCCGCCGCCCGUGGAGAGACUCAUAUAAAACAUGGCCCAGUUUCAAUCCCACCACUCACCACUGUCCCAACACUGUUCCAUGGAGACAUAUUGAGACACAACUCACUGGCCUGGGCCCAGUUCCAAACCCACCACUCACCACUGUCCCAACACUGUUCCAUGGAGACAUAUUGAGACACAACUCACUGGCCUGGGCCCAGUUUCAAACCCACCACUCACCACUGUCCCAACACUGUUCCAUGGAGACAUAUUGAGACACAACUCACUGGCCUGGUCCCAGUUCCAAACCCACCACUCACCACUGUCCCAACACUGUUCCAUGGAGACAUAUUGAGACACAACUCACUGGCCUGGGCCCAGUUCCAAACCCACCACUGACCCAACACAGGCUGAAUCUCAAACCAAACACUUGGCCCUUGAGCCCUUUAUCAAGUGAUCCAGCCACACUGACUGUCCUGGGCCCAGUUCCAAACCCACUACUCAACACGAUGGAGAGACUCAUAGAGGAGACUUUAUCCCAAUAUCAUCGCUGGGGUAAUAUAAUACUAAUAUGCCAUUUAGCAGACACUUUUAUCCACGUUUUACGUAUGUGUGGUCCCGGGAACCGAACCCACUAUCCUGGUGUUGCAAGCACCAUGCUCUACCAACUGAGAUACAGAGGUCCUUCCUGACCUGAUCUUAAAGCCUGGUCUCAUAGACUAGAUGUAACAUAGUAAAGGUAAAUCCAGAAUACUGAAAUUAGUAUGAUGUGUUACGUUUUGUAUGGUUACAUAAGACAUAAGGCAAAAAGGAAAGUACAGUGGUUGGUCUGGGUGGAUGUAUAACGCCAAUGUCUAGCAACCCAAAUGUUUCGUGUAUGAAUCAUGGCGGGCAGAUUUAGAAAUGUAGCCACUACUUACUACUUUUUAGCUACUUUGCAACUACAUAAGCAUGUUAGCUUCCCCUUCCCCUUAACCCAUUAACCUAACUCCUAACCUUAUCCUCUAGCCUAACUAACCUCGCUACCGUUAGCAUUAGCCACUUAGCUAACGUUAGCCACAACUAAUUGGAAUUCGUAACAUAUCAUAUGUUUUCAAAAUCGUAACAUAUUGUACGAAAUGUAUGAUGGACACCCAUAAAUUAAUACAUACCAUACAAAACGUAACAUAAUCGUACUAGUUGGAGUAUUCGGGAUUUACUAUGUUACGUUUAUCACUGAUUUCUACUGUUUUUGCCUCAGCCGCAAAUACAAAUACCUCACCUUUCAUUUGGUCCUCAAAACACUUGAAUGUUGUAGUGAAAUGGGAGCUCCAGAGGGCCGCUCUGCACUAGAUGAGGAUAUGCAUAGAUAGACAGAGAAGGCUUCCAGUCUUGCCACUAGAUAUAGAAGUAUUCUGCUUUACUUAAACAUAUAAGAACACAGUGGUCCGAAAAGAGCCCAAUUGCCAUACUUGAGUAAAAGUAAAGAUGGCUUCAUAGAAAACGACUCAGGUGAAAGUCACCCAGUAAAAUACUACUUGAGUAAAAGUCUAAAAGUUUUGUUUAAAUAUACUUAAGUAUCAAAAGUAAAUGGAAUUGCUAAAAUAUACUUAAGUAUCAAAAGUAAUAGUAUAAAUCAUUUCAAAUUCCUUAUAUUAAUCGAACCAGAUGGCACCAUUCUUGUUUUUGUUUUUUUAUGGAUAGCCAGUGGCACAUUCCAACACUCAGACAUCAUUUACAAAGGAUGCAUGUGUGUUUAGUGAGUCCACCAGAUCAGAGGCAGUAGGGAUAACCAGGCAUGUUCUCUGUUUAGUGAGUCCUCCAGAUCAGAGGCAGUAGGGAUGACCAGGGAUGUUCUCUGUUUAGUGAGUCCUCCAGAUC